GAGCGAGGGAAAUUCACUCCAAACGUAGUUUUUACUUAGUAUUUGUUUUAUUUAUUGGCUAGUGACGAGUCUGUGUAUAUAUUACCAAUUCCGAUAAAACUGAUUGAUUGACGUUUAGAUCACGCGAUCCAACACGUGACCUUCGUGGUCAGUAUUAUGGUCUCAAGGUAAAAGUUCGUAUGGAAAAUUAUCGUCCUUGUAAGUUUCAGCGCAAUCGGCUGUAUUUUUGCAAUUUGCCCUCUUGACUCAGGCCUUAAAACUGCUCCUGUUCUGGGCGCUAAAUACUUGAACUAUAGAGGCGCACCAUACUAAGACAUCAUCGAUUAUAAAAAUCCUGUCGGAGGCUCUAAAAGAAGCUUAAAACCUGGAGACGUCUCCAUUAUCAAUCCACAAAGUAUAGCAGGAUAAACACAGGAAUCAAGCAAUGGCAACCGCAGAAUCACCUGUGUCGGAGAGCAAAAAGGGGGAUGGCAUCGAGGAAACAGCCGAGAAAAUUAAGGGGGAUUUGGGGGCAAAUAUUGGGAGUUUAAUUGAAGCAAUUAAGGAAGUUCAAGGGGUCUGUAGUGAGUUCGAUCAGGAGUACUACGGUAAAAUUCCUUGCGAACCAGAGAAAAUGAAGCAGUUGCACGACAACUUAAACGAAACGGUGGAUAAAUUGGGAGAAGAACUUAAAAAAGCGAUAUCUGAAGAUGUAGCCAUUGUAUUUGUGGGACGUACAAGCAGUGGCAAAUCAUCCUUGAUAAACGCCUUAUUCAGAAACCGCUUUCUUCCCGUUACAACUGUUCAGACAACAAUGUGCAAAAUUCAGGUUCGCCCUACGGCUGAUGAGUGGAGUGUUGAUCAAGUAGGUUGUGAAAAGCUACUCUUAAACCAGCGAAGAGGAAGAGAGGACGUAGAGGCCUUCUUGAGUAAGAUUUCUGCAAUGACAAACUCUGCAGAAAGGAAGGAGCUCAACAUCGACUCUCACAGUGUCAUACAAGUGAAACGUCCUUACCCCCUCUGCAUUCUACCAAAAAAUAUCGUUUUGAUAGAUACACCCGGUUCUAAAGAGAACCCCGCUGGCGACGUAGUUGUUCUCGACUCAUGCAAGGAGGCAGAUAUACUCGUUGCUGUGAUGGAUGUCGGGUCACCUUCUAUACAUGAUAUUGCAGGUCUGCUAAACAAUGUGAAUUGCCAGUUCAACUUUGGCGUCUUCACAAAAUGGGAUAAAGUCUUACGAGAUAUAGAAGAAGGCAAGAGGCAACAACUACAAGAAAAAAACAAAGGAGAGUUUCAGCAUUUCGUGAAAGAAAAACGCAUGGUUUAUUUCGUUGGUACAAAGCAUUUUACCAAAGAAAAGGAGACCUCCGCACAAGCCAAUGAUGCAAGAAAUGAUUUUUUGAGGUUUGAGACAGAUUUAGCACAGAGUGCAAAAACUGUUAAAGCGCAGAAAGACAUGAAUCUAAUAGAACGAGCUGAAGAUCUCACUUCAGAACACAAAAAGGACUUCGAAGACAUAAAAAGCACCUUGGAGACGAGGGAAGAAUACAUAGAUAGUCAUCUGAAUAAGAUAGAGGGCGAAAUCUGCACUUUGAACGAAAAACAAUGUAGCCUUAAAGCAGUGGAUCAGGAAGCGAAGAAGCUUAUUGAUCUGAUAAGACCUCGACUCCGUGAAGGGGAGAAUAAUGAAUUGAUACAGGAACUUAGCAACAAUUUCAAGAGUUGUCCCACUGUGGAAAGUGAGAAUGAAGUUAUUGACGCAUUCGAGAAGAUGAUAGAUGGAAUCAACACAGCUUUACAGUUACAAAGUGAAAAGGUAGAAAAAGAGUAUCAGGAACGGAAGGAUAAUCUCAGAUCUUUUCAAACAAACUUUCCUCAACAAUUUUUGCCACCCUAUGAAGCUACGCUGAAAGAUUUCAGUUAUAGCAGCCUAACAGACCCUUAUGCCUACGUUACCAGGGACAACUUCUGGAGAUUUGCGCUUGGUUGUGCAGCUGGCACAGCAGCUGCUGCAGCAGCUCUUGCAACAGCACCAACAUUGGUGGUUUAUGCAGCAGCAGCACCGUUUGUUGUGACAAACAGUGGAACUGUUGCUGCUGCUACUACUGCUGGUGCUACUGCUGGUGUUACUGCUGGUGCUUCUACUCCCACGUUCGUGAAAAAAAUUUCAGGAUCCGGAAUUGGACAAGCAAUAAGGAGACGUUAUGGGCCCAGUGAGAGGAAGGUCGACAGCAUGAAAAAGUGGGCUCAGGGAAAUUUGAUGGUAAUCAAAACACAAUGUGAAAAAUUGAACGAAUCAGCAUCUGAAGGAAUACGAAUGAUCGCUGAGGAUUUAUCAGAGAUAGAAAAGGAAAAGGAUCGUUUGUCGGGUGAAAAGUCAAGACUGAGUAAGGAAUUCAGUCAACUAAAGAAGUGGUCGCGGGAACGAACUGAAAGCACAGAGCGUCUGCAGAAGGUCCAAGAUGAGUUUAACAAGCUGAAGCUUGG